AUGAAAGAUGUUACCGGGUACCUCAAAACGCAACAGAGCAUGAGCUCCACUCCAGAGAUGGCAUCGGAAUGGCACACACUAGAGGAGUUUUACAACAAAAAGUAAGGAUAGCGUCUGUCUACGUUAGCUAGCUUUGUAUGUCAUUCAUGCGCUGAGUCAUGGAGUUAGCUUGCUAAUGCUACAGUAGUAGCUAGCUAAACAUCAACCGUCAAUGAAUGACACAAGAAAUCCACCAAAUGUGAAUUGUGUAGAGUGGAAUAAAAAAUAUGAAAUGUGUUUUAUUCGUAACGUGACUAACGUUACCGAAAAUGUAUUGUUAUGAUAGUCGUCAUGUCCACAAUCCUCCUUGAUGCUAUGUGGCUAACGGUGGCUAAAAUGCUUCACUAGACAGGGAGGCUAGCUAAUUUGCCAACAUUAGUUAGCUAGUUAGUUAACGUUAGCUAGUUUGUUUGCGUGUAGGGACUUGUGACUUUGCAAUCUUGCUAGCCCAUAGGUGUUCAUAGUCUUCGUCUUCCCUUCAUCUGACAGCUUGCCGCCUAACCCCAUUCAAUUCAGGAUUGUUUCUUAUUCAUCAGAUAAUGCCCAUAUGACUGUUACAUACCGCAUCUUUCCAUUGACAGGUUGUGGCAUCAGCUGACCCUAAAGCUCACAGACUUUGUAAAAGACCCUUGCUUCGCCAAAGGAGAUGGCCUCAUACAGCUGUACGAAAACUUCCUCAGUGACUUUGACCACAGGUAAGACCAAUACCAACCUACAGUAGUAACUGUCUCUCUGACAAUUGGAAUAGUAGCUAGAAUUACAACACGGUUUUAGUAGUUGUCUAAUCUCUGGGUGUUCAGUCAUAACCUUUCUUUCUCUCUCUCUCUCUCUCCCUCUCCAUCUUUUCUAGAAUCAACCCACUGUCUCUGGUGGAGAUCAUCCUGUAUGUUACCAGACAGAUGACAGGUAAGAACAGAGUCCUGACAUGCAGUCUGUAGUCCUACCACCUUCUUCGCUGAUGCUAAAGUAAUUCAACAUGAAUCCACUCAGAUACAGCAUGUAUCCACUCGUGGGAUUUCCACCAGCUCAACCAAGUUCUCCUUUUUCAGAUCCUAAAGAUGCUAUCACCUUCCUCGAGAAGACUAAGGAGAAGGUGAAGAGCAACGAUGAGUCAGUCAUUCUGUGCAAGACAUCCAUUGGAGCCCUUAAACUGGAGAUAAAUGACCUUCCAGCCACAAAGGUAACACACACACUGCCUGGGCAUACAGUAACUUGUAGGUGAAAACAAACAUCUCAAUGGAGACCUGUCCCAAGAAGGCAGUAAUCAAAACAAACAAAAGCAUACAAUAACUUAUUGUAGCCAGAUGUACAGUGGGGGAAAAAAGUAUUUAGUCAGCCACCAAUUGUGCAAGUUCUCCCACUUAAAAAGAUGAGAGAGGCCUGUAAUUUUCAUCAUAGGUACACGUCAACUAUGACAGACAAAAUGAGAAAAAAAAAUCCAGAAAAUCACAUUGUAUGAUUUUUAAUGAAUUUAUUUGCAAAUUAUGGUGGAAAAUAAGUAUUUGGUCAAUAACAAAAGUUUCUCAAUACUUUGUUGGCAAUGACACAGGUCAAACGUUUUCUGUAAGUCUUCACAAGGUUUUCACACACUGUUGCUGGUAUUUUGGCCCAUUCCUCCAUGCAGAUCUCCUCUAGAGCAGUGAUGUUUUGGGGCUGUCGCUGGGCAACACGGACUUUCAACUCCCUCCAAAGAUUUUCUAUGGGGUUGAGAUCUGGAGACUGGCUAGGCCACUCCAGGACCUUGAAAUGCUUCUUACGAAGCCACUCCUUCGUUGCCCGGGCGGUGUGUUUGGGAUCAUUGUCAUGCUGAAAGACCCAGCCACGUUUCAUCUUCAAUGCCCUUGCUGAUGGAAGGAGGUUUUCACUCAAAAUCUCACGAUACAUGGCCCCAUUCAUUCUUUCCUUUACACGGAUCAGUCGUCCUGGUCCCUUUGCAGAAAAACAGCCCCAAAGCAUGAUGUUUCCACCCCCAUGCUUCACAGUAGGUAUGGUGUUCUUUGGAUGCAACUCAGCAUUCUUUGUCCUCCAAACACGACGAGUUGAGUUUUUAACCAAAAAGUUCUAUUUUGGUUUCAUCUGACCACAUGACAUUCUCCCAAUCCUCUUCUGGAUCAUCCAAAUGCACUCUAGCAAACUUCAGACGGGCCUGGACAUGUACUGGCUUAAGCAGGGGGACACGUCUGGCACUGUAGGAUUUGAGUCCCUGGCGGCGUAGUGUGUUACUGAUGGUAGGCUUUGUUACUUUGGUCCCAGCUCUCUGCAGGUCAUUCACUAGGUCCCCCCGUGUGGUUCUGGGAUUUUUGCUCACCGUUCUUGUGAUCAUUUUGACCCCACGGGGUGAGAUCUUGCGUGGAGCCCCAGAUCGAGGGAGAUUAUCAGUGGUCUUGUAUGUCUUCCAUUUCCUAAUAAUUGCUCCCACAGUUGAUUUCUUCAGACCAAGCUGCUUACCUAUUGCAGAUUCAGUCUUCCCAGCCUGGUGCAGGUCUACAAUUUUGUUUCUGGUGUCCUUUGACAGCUCUUUGGUCUUGGCCAUAGUGAAGUUUGGAGUGUGACUGUUUGAGGUUGUGGACAGGUGUCUUUUAUACUGAUAACAAGUUCAAACAGGUGCCAUUAAUACAGGUAACGAGUGGAGGACAGAGGAGCCUCUUAAAGAAGAAGUUACAGGUCUGUGAGAGCUAGAAAUCUUGCUUGUUUGUAGGUGACCAAAUACUUAUUUUCCACCAUAAUUUGCAAAUAAAUUCAUUAAAAAUCCUACAAUGUGAUUUUCUGGAGAGAAAAAAAUCUCAAUUUGUCUGUCAUAGUUGACGGGUACCUAUGAUGAUAAUACAGGCCUCUCAUCUUUUUAAGUGGGAGAACUUGCAUAAUUGGUGGCUGACUAAAUACUUUUUUCCCCCACUGUAUAUGUGUGUACAUUUCAAUCCAGUGUAUAUGUAUGUAAACCCUGCCUUCCGUCCGGCAGAUAUUAAUUGAGGAGGUGGAGGAGACGCUGAAUAACUUGCCCGGGGUGACGUCAGUCCACGGGCGAUUCUACGACCUGUCCAGCAAAUACUACCGCAUCGUGGGGAACCAUGCCUCUUACUACAAGGACGCUCUGCGCUACCUCGGCUGUGUCGACAUCAAAGACCUGCCAGGUAACAUCCAUUUACAAUGUAUAAAGGCAGUAUGUAGCACUGAAAUCAAAUAUGCAUGGUUUGGCCAUAGAGCAGAACUUAAUUUUGGUAAAAUCACAAAAGCAUCAUUAGAAAAAACAUUUAGUAUGCUAGUACUCACUAGCUGUCAUAACUGAUGAUGUCUGUAUGCUAGUACUCACUAGCGGUCAUAACUGAUGAUGUCUGUAUGCUAGUACUCACUAGCUUUCAUAACUGAUGAUGUCUGUAUGCUAGUACUCACUAGCUUUCAUAACUGAUGAUGUCUGUAUGCUAGUACUCACUAGCGGUCAUAACUGAUGAUGUCUGUAUGCUAGUACUCACUAGCGGUCAUAACUGAUGAUGUCUGUAUGCUAGUACUCACUAGCGGUCAUAACUGAUGAUGUCUGUAUGCUAGUACUCACUAGCGGUCAUAACUGAUGAUGUCUGUAUGCUAGUACUCACUAGCGGUCAUAACUGAUGAUAUCUGUAUGCUAGUACUCACUAGCGGUCAUAACUGAUGAUGUCUGUAUGCUAGUACUCACUAGCGGUCAUAACUGAUGAUGUCUGUAUGCUAGUACUCACUAGCGGUCAUAACUGAUGAUGUCUGUAUGCUAGUACUCACUAGCGGUCAUAACUGAUGAUGUCUGUAUGCUAGUACUCACUAGCGGUCAUAACUGAUGAUGUCUGUAUGCUAGUACUCACUAGCGGUCAUAACUGAUGAUGUCUGUAUAUCCGUCAGAGACAGAGAAGCAGGAGAGGGCUUUCACUCUGGGUCUGGCUGGACUCUUAGGAGAGGGAGUUUACAACUUCGGAGAGCUGGUAAGUACCCAUCACCACCCUCAUGAUUGUUGUGUUUUUGUGGUAUCCUCCCAUUUGGUGAAGAUAUUAGCCUGUCCUAUAAUAAGCAUCAAGCAGCCAUUUAAAGCAAGUUUUGGCUGAGCUACAACCACACAAGUUUGGGCUCAAGUUUCGCCAUUGAAGCACUAGAUGGCUUUGACAGCCUGUGUUUGACAGCCUGCCUACCUGCCUGUGUUUGACAGCCUGCCUACCUGCCUGUGUUUGACAGCCUGCCUACCUGCCUGUGUUUGACAGCCUGCCUACCUGCCUGUGUUUGACAGCCUGCCUACCUGCCUGUGUUUGACAGCCUGCCUACCUGCCUGUGUUUGACAGCCUGCCUACCUGCCUGUGUUUGACAGCCUGCCUACCUGCCUGUGUUUGACUGUCUGCCUGCCUGCCUGUGUUUGACUGCCUGCCUGCCUGUGUUUGACUGCCUGCCUGCCUGCGUUUGCCUGCCUGCCUGCCUGCCUGUGUUUGGCAGCUUGCCUGCCUGCCUGUGUUUGACUGCCUGCCUGUGUUUGACUGCCUGCCUCUGCUUGUGUUUUUAGCUGAUGCACCCAGUACUGGAGUCCCUAAGGAGCACAGACAAGCAGUGGCUGAUAGACACCCUGUACGCCUUCAACGGAGGCAACGUGGAGAAGUUCCAGGCCUACAAGUCUGCCUGGGGAGCGCAGGUAACCAGGGCCUUGGACCGUUGGUUGAAUGUACUCUAUGGAAACUAUCACGGCAAGAAAUAAAGAACGAAAACUAUUGUAGCUCCCAUUCUCUCUUUCCAGAAUAUGUUAUUGUUUACACACAUGGACAUGGUUUUGUUGAGGUGCUAUGAUAAUGCAAGUUAAUAAUGUUACAAUACUCACAGAAGAUUAGAGAUCACCUGUCAUUAACCAACCAAACAGAACUAAUUUCAACAUGUGUGUCUGUGUUCCAGCCUGACCUGGCAGCCAAUGAAGCCAAACUGAUGCAGAAGAUUCAGCUGCUUUGUGUGAUGGAGGUGGGUUCUCUUCUCUCCCAGACACAACCAAUGCUCUCUCUUCCUCAAUGGUUUUAUAUGUUGAGGAGUGCUGACGGUUGACUACGGAAAGGUUUUACUUGCAAUUUAAUGUGAAAUGUAGUUGUUUUUCCCCAAGGGUUGGCACCAAAAACUCAAAAAAAUAACGAACUUUUUAGGGGAACAUAAUCUGAACCGGGAACGAAAGUGAUCUAUAAUGUUCCGGGCAUUUCUUUCCAGUCCCACAAAAAAAAACACAACAAAACGCCUAUGCAAAGCCCUCCCUCUUGUCACUCAGAAAUGUAUUCCAGUGUCUGCCUGACAGAUGAAAAUCUUUGCCAGUGUUGGUGCGUGUGUAGGCUACCUGCCCCUCCCCUUCCGAAGCACAGGCUACUGUAGCCUGCUGACGUUACAAGAGCGAUUCAGAAAUUAGGGAGAGAGAUUUUUAAUGACAGAAGAAUGGAUUAACGUUUUCAAUGCUAAUUAAGGAUACCAUAGUUAUCACGUUUCACACUGGAUGUAUUAACUACAAAAAAGGUAAGACGUGUUUUUAAAUUUUAAUUCUGGUGCCGCUCUGCACACAGAAGCUCGUUAGCUAGUUAGCUCUGGUCCAACGUUAAACCAACUCUCUCUGAAGUUCAAAGACAUUCAACGUUCCUCCGUAGCUAUAAUUCUGUGGGCCUAAUUCAGGUAAUGCAUGUCAUAACGACAAGAUGCCAAGCCGCCUCCUCCACCGUCUCUCGCUCUCUCCCCACCUGCCAAAUUUCAGUGGCAUCUCGCGCCCUACACUUGUCUGUCCAAUGGAUGUAAACAAUAGCUUGCCCGCUCCAUAGCAAGCUGCUCUAUUCACACUGAUCGGUGAAGUAAUUCAAUGUCAAGCUUAAUGUAUAUAUAUAUAUAUAUAUAUAUAAGAAUGGUUCUGUUCAGAAGGAAACGAUUGGAAAAAUAAAUUUGGUUCCAACCCCUGGUUCUACCUACUUUUACCAACUUACUGUUGAAUGCACUGAUUGGUCAGUCGCUCUGGGUUAGAGCUCCUGUUUAAUGAGGAGGUUGGAAAUGGAGUGAGGUGCUCUACCAGCCCUAACAUGUCCUCCUCUAACUGCCCUAACGUCCUCCUCUACCUGCCCUAACAUGUCCUCCUCUCCUCCUCCAACAGUCCUAACAUGUCCUCCUCUCCUCCUCCAACUGCCCUAACAUGUCCUCCUCUCCUCCUCCAACAGUCCUAACAUGUCCUCCUCUCCUCCUCCAACUGCCCUAACAUGUCCUCCUCUCCUCCUCCAACAGUCCUAACAUGUCCUCCUCUCCUCCUCCAACUGCCCUAACAUGUCCUCCUCUCCUCCUCCAACAGUCCUAACAUGUCCUCCUCUCCUCCUCCAACAGUCCUAACAUGUCCUCCUCUCCUCCUCCAACAGUCCUAACAUGUCCUCCUCUCCUCCUCCAACAGUCCUAACAUGUCCUCCUCUCCUCCUCCAACAGUCCUAACAUGUCCUCCUCUAACUGUCCUAACAUGUCCUCCUCUCCUCCUCCAACAGUCCUAACAUGUCCUCCUCUCCUCCUCCAACAGUCCUAACAUGUCCUCCUCUCCUCCUCCAACAGUCCUAACAUGUCCUCCUCUCCUCCUCCAACAGUCCUAACAUGUCCUCCUCCAACAGUCCUAACAUGUCCUCCUCCAACAGUCCUAACAUGUCCUCCUCUCCUCCUCCGUCUAGAUGACGUUCACCCGUCCCGCUAACAACAGACAGCUGAGCUUCCAUGAGAUUGGACAGAGUGCCAAGAUCCCCGUCAACGAGGUCAGUUGAGUAAUCAAUCCACCAAUCGUAUGUCACUUAUACCAAAUCGUUAGUAUGUGGAGGCUUCUAAUGAACAUUGGUCUGUAUCCGUGGUCACCUGGUCCAUAGGCUUUUGUCCCAGCACAAUAACCGGCCAAUUUAAAAUAACAUUGAGUUGAGUCACGUGCUUUAACUGUCUGGAACCGCAGGCCAGCACAUCCUGUAGCUCUGCCUCCAGGGUUGUUGACAACUAUCGCCCCAUUUCAAGACUACCUUGUUUAGCUAAGAUUCUUCAAUCCUUGGUUAAUGUACCACUUUGUAACUUUUGUAUCUGAUAGUUGUAUUUUUAAUAUAAACCAAUCAGGGUUUAGGCCUGGGCGUAGUGCUACCACGGCAACCACGGUGAUGCCUUGGAUGCUAAAAAGAUCCCUGCUGCUUUUGUUUAUUGACCUGUCAAAGGCGUUCGACACUGUUGGAUCAUUCUGUUUUGCUGAAGACGUUAUCUAGAAUAGGCCUGGGAUACACAGCCUGUUUAUGGUUUCAGAAUGAUCUUAGCGACACAACUCAGGCCAUCUUGACAGACGGGGUUCAAUCUGAAUUUCUUGAGAUUCAAAAAGGUGUUCCUCAGGGUUCGAUUUUGGGUCCAUUUAUUGUUCAUGUUGUAUAUUAAUGACAGAGGAAACACUGUUAAUACUUGUAACAUUCUAUUCAUGUGCCACCUCGGUGCAGCACGGCCAUUCGUGAACUUCAGCAUGACUUUGAUUCAAUUCAGAAAUCACUUACAAGAUCUUGAAUUAGUGUUAAAUACAAGUAAAACCAAGCUCAUGCUGUUCUCUAGGGCACGAAAUGUUGACCCCCGAGGACCUGCAUAUUUGAGCUACAAAUGGAGCCCAAAUUGAGCUUGUUUCUCAAUAUAAGUACCUGGGUGUCUGGAUUGAUGACAAGUUGUCCUUCAUAACACAUAGAAAAUCUGACUUAAGAAGCUAAGAUCCAAGAUAGUUAAAAAAAAUAUAUAUAUCAAAAUAAAGCAUGCCUCAGUAUUGAAAAUAGGAGAAAGAUUGUUCAAACAUCGCUUCUCCCUGUUUUGGAUUUUGGUGAUUUUGUUUACAUGCAUGCAGGCAACCUCUGUUAUGAAACCUUUGGAUGCAGUUUACGAUUCCGCAAUACGUUUUAUCACAGCGGACAACUUUAGGACUCAUCAUUGUAGUCUGUAUAUGCGGAUGUUCUGGUGCCACUCAGGCAGUUAAAAUGAUUGAUUGAAGACCUCUAUGUAGUUGAAUGUGAUUGCUUUUAUUAAAUAUGUUUAUUUUGUUAUUGUAUGCUGAAUGAUAUUGUUUUAUACACGUGUAUGUUUUAUUCUGUUUUUAUUGUAUAGAAGGCUCUCUUGUAAAAUAGAUUUUUAAUCUCAAUGUGACUCCCUGUUUUAAAUAAAGGUUAAAUAAAAAUAAAUAUAUGGAGACCAGGGUUGGUGACAACUGGUGUUUAUAAGGAGAGUUGAUUGUAAACUGUCUGAGCUCCCUGACUGGGUCUGAUUGCGGUUCUUGGUUGUCCCCUGCAGGUGGAGCUGCUAGUGAUGAAGGCUCUGUCUGUGGGUCUGAUCAAAGGAAACAUUGAUGAGGUGGACCAGAAGGUUCAGAUGACCUGGGUGCAGCCCCGAGUACUGGACCUGCAGCAGGUAAAUACAUACACCUCAACAUAUUCAGCCCCGAGUACUGGACCUGCAGCAGGUAAAUACAUACACCUCAACAUAUUCAUAUUCACGGGCCAAGGAAUAAUAAUCAGUCAAUGAGAAACACCGGUUCUCAGGGGCCAGACGUGACUCCUGGUUUUCACCAGAAAUAGGGAAUAUUCUGUUGUUUUACUGUAACACCCUCUGUAACACAAGACAUUGAGACCAAUCCUAGUUGUAGUUUAAAAAAAAAGAAGUGGCUUUGGAAUCAUCCUCAAUGAGCUAUAGAAAAGCUUGUUACUCCUCUCUGACCGUUAACCUUUGACCCUCCCUCUCAUCCCCGCCCCUCUUCAGAUCAAGGGCAUGAAGGACCGGUUGGACCUGUGGUGUGGAGAUGUGAAGAACAUGGCUGUGUUGGUGGAACAGCAGGCCCACGAUAUCCUCACCUAGACAUGCCUCCUCCCCCUGGUCUCUCUGGCCCUGUCCAGAACAACCCCCUAACCUCUAGACACUUGUAGAGAUCAGAGAGGAUUUGAUUGGUUUAAGCAAUAUGAUGAUAGUACCUUGCCCUCUGAUAGGCUAGAUGGAGUUUUGGCCAUGUUGCUUACACCAGUCCAAUCCUCUCUGAUCUUCACAAGGGUCUAAGGUGUAGGUGCAAGGAAUGUUCUUCUGGACAGGGCCCUUCUCCCAGCCUGUUCACCCCUAGAACGGCCACCUUCAGCAGGCAUACCACCACCACAGGAGUCCCCUCUCUUUAUUCCUCUACCUACCUAUCUCCCAGGAGGACUGA